AUGAUAAGCAUAGUCCUCUUGGUCCUCUCAGUCACGGCAGUUUCUGAAGUGCUUGGCUGUGCAGCCACUCGAACCCCAGAGUGUGUUUGCCAACUGCCGACUCUUUUCAAUCUUACCGAUGCUUUUACUAUGGGGAGUGGAAGAAUCACUCAAAUAGGGGACUUGUUGGGGUGUCCUAGUUACGCUUAUACGUGCAGUUGCGCUCAGACUGCUAUCAACUGCCGAACUGUUACUGUAGCAGCAAUUUCAGAGACAGGAGAGUUAACUGUGUAUCCUCUUACUUCCACUACACCUGCUGAAGUUGCUAUACAAUUAACCUGUGAAAGUGGCAGUACUUGGACAGUAGUAUGUGAGACUGGAGUUGUGUGGCCCAAUCCUUCUACGGAGUUGGUAUGUUACAGAUCUUGGGUGAAUUGA